AAGCUCGGGCUCCUGUGUGCAAUUACAGUGGGGGCGUGGGCCGGCCGGGCUUUAGCCAGACUGCACGGCCGGACGCCGGCGCCAUGGAGGAGUACGCUCGGGAGCCUUGUCCAUGGCGAAUUGUGGACGAUUGCGGUGGAGCCUUCACUAUGGGCGUCAUCGGUGGUGGAGUUUUCCAAGCCAUCAAGGGCUUCCGCAACGCCCCUGUCGGAAUACGGCACCGUUUGAGAGGUAGUGUCAACGCUGUGAGGAUCCGAGCCCCCCAGAUUGGAGGUAGCUUUGCGGUGUGGGGGGGCCUGUUCUCCACCAUUGACUGCGGCCUGGUGCGGCUGCGGGGCAAGGAAGAUCCCUGGAACUCCAUCACCAGUGGAGCAUUGACUGGGGCUGUGCUGGCUGCCCGCAGUGGCCCAUUGGCCAUGGUGGGCUCAGCAAUGAUGGGGGGCAUCCUGCUGGCCCUAAUAGAGGGUGUUGGCAUCCUCCUCACUCGCUACACUGCCCAGCAGUUCCGCAAUGCACCCCCGUUCCUGGAGGACCCCAGCCAGCUGCCCCCUAAAGAGGGUACCCCCGCCCCAGGCUAUCCCAGCUAUCAGCAGUACCACUGAGGAGGUGACUGCCUCUCAUCACCACCAUGGGAGCUCUUCCUCCGUUCCCUCCCCGGUGAUCUACCUCGAAGGGAGGGCUGGCUCCCAGUUGGCCCUGGGACCCUCCAGAGAGGGCUUCUACUCUGCUUCCUUGUCCCAGGGUGGGGGUGCUGCCCUGACGGAUGGGUCCCCUUCUCAGGGCACCCAACCCCAUACUCACAUGUAACAAGUUCUCACCCCAUCCCCUUUUCGUGGCGCCCUGAUGAGUAUUUAAAGUCAGUUUUGAAAUGCC